AUGUCUGGCCUUGCAAAGACGAAAAAGAAGAAAAAUUUCCGAGUGAUGAGCCAAAAAGUGAAAGUCUUUCGCUCAAAUAAUCCUCUGCUUAGCGUGUUGAUGUGGGGAGUGAGCCAUUCGGUAAGCAUGAAUUUUGCACUUUUGUGAAUGUAAAAUUUGGAUAGCAACACUGAGUGUGUGUGUAAAAUGCUUUUCUGCAGAUCAAUGAACUAUCGCAUGUUAAUAAUCCUGCUAUGUUGAUGCCUGAUGACUUCAAAGCAUUCACCAAAAUGCGCGUGGAUAACCAUCUCUUCAACAAGUGAGUGCAGUAUUAUGAAUGGUUUGCAAUGUUAUUUUCAUGUGAUGUCAUAUUUUUUCAUCACUAUUUGUCGCAAAGGCGUCGUAUAUCUGCUCUGUCGGUGAUUGCAGCUUGAAGCUGGCGUUUCGCAUGGGGUUUUGACUUUUGUGGAGUUAAAUCUAGAUGAAAAUUGAAAGAAUCUGACGAGCUUCAGAUUCAAUGUGGCUUUCGUUACAAUGUGCUCUCUCGACUUUUACAGGGGUCAGUUUCACCUCGUUGAUCAUUACUUGUGUAUUCGUUUGACAAAUAACUUUUAAAACACCAAGAAUCUAUCGCCAGAAAUACUAUUUGUCUGAUUUUGAGGGAACACUGGCCGUACUUUAGAGUUUUAUAUUUGCAGCGCGCACACACAAGUUCUAGUCUGGUUUGGCUGUCAGUUGUAAGCUGUUCGCGUUGUGUGAAUUUUAUUUGCCGGGAUGUAUUCAAAUGUUUUUCACUAAUGUUCGUGCGACAAUAGCUUUAGGAAACUAAUCCCUUAAUAGCAUUUAAUAGGCAAGGUUUCUUUCAUCUGCAUCUUGCAUUUGCGGGGAUAAUCAACCUGCCAGCAUAUCAAGUAAUUUUAUUCUGUAUACGUCAAAUUGCUGAAUAAUUUACUUGCGGUGAGGAUUUUGGUUCCAGCACGAAAAUUUAUCAAUUUUUAAAUAACUAUAAGCUUAGUGCUAUUUUUAGAUGGUUCCUGUCAUAUUUAUUUUCAACGCAAUUUUGUCUGAAUUUUAUGUAGUAAGGAAAAGUAAACUGUGGUUUUGAAGUUUUGUAGGAAAAUUGGUCAAUAUUUUUUCAUUCAUACAUUUGAUUGAUGAUUUUUAAAGAUGUUUUCGCAGACAAUUAUCUAUCAUUAGCAUUACUGAGGCAAUUUUCCGGUUCGGUAAAAAGAAUACUGUCUUGUAAUAGAUGGCUGGGCUUUUUGCUUGUUUAGUAAGUAGAUCUUAUGUAUUCAAAAACCUUCAGGUGUGAAUUGGUCUAACUCUUAUAGCAUCUUAUUAAGUAGGUUACUUUGUCGCUGUGGGAACAAGCUCUUGUCCAAGUAUUUUAAGUGUACUUUCAAUAUAUUAUUCAAAUUCAGCCAUUGUUGGCAACAAAUGAUUGACAGGGUUUGUUUGAAAAGGAACUGUGGAGUUGCAUCAGUGAGGGAGGAAACACAAAAGAUUGGUUUUUUCUUCACUAUAGGGCUAUUAAGUCAAUUUACCAUCAUAGAAAGGUCAUGAAGCUCACAUUUGAGCAAGCAUGUAGCCCUUUGUCAGUUUGAGUUGAGACAAAGAAUUGCUGAUUUGCUCCACCAAAGAGCAAGUGCUCAAAACAUCAGCCUUUCAACAUUAAUUUUUAUGAUGGUUUCUUUUCAAGUCCACAGCUGUAACUCAUAAUUCGAUACUAAGCAAGACCAAAUUUUCAUUGUCUGCAACAUUAUUAAAUCAGACAUGGUUUUCUGCAGCAAAGUGAGAACAUAUAUGUAAUCAAUAAAAUAAAGAGGAAGACAAAAUGCGAACGCAAGAAUAGGGGAAUGAACAUGAUUGAUUUUUCCUUAAUGAACAAAGCCUUAAAAUGCAUUUGGAUAAAGCGCUUUAGACUGAAUGAGAAUUCAGCAUGGACGGUUAUUCCUAAUAAAGCCACUUUAUACUUGGGAGGUUUUUCCUUCCUCUCUAAGUGCUACUGCAGCAGCAAAGAUAUCAGCAUUAAGAAGUUACCACUCUUUUACAUGAGAACACUGCAAUACUGGUUUGAGUUUAAGGAUAUGCAAGAUAAUACUAAGCCAGGUGUAAAAAACGCGAUCAUAUGGAACGACAAAGAUAUUAAAAUUGAUAAUAGUACAAUCUUCUUUCGAUCAUAAUCUUGAUUUCAUUAGUUACGAAGAAUUUAAAACCCGCUACCAAUUAAAAACAAAUUUUUUGACUUAUUACGUAAGCGUUAAUUCACCUGAAUAUUAUUAUAAUAAAUGGAAACCUUUAAUUGAGAAGAAGUUUGUUCGCUAGCGAUAUCUAAAUUCAACUAGGAAGGUUAUACUCAACAUUAGACUCACAUUUUAUUGUACUUUUGUAGCAAGACUGUAAUACAAUGUACUGCAAUUUAUUGUAAAGUAUUGGAAUUUUUUUUUUGGUUUGUUUGUGUAAGUGUUGAUAGAGAUUGAAAUAAAAAAUUUAAAAAAAUUAUAAAUUAGCUGAUAAAGCUUUUGGGAGAGAAGCGAAUUCUCUGAAGUUGAAACUUUGUACACCAUUUGUACGCGUGUGGUGUGUUUCUUUUGAUACCAAGAUUAUGCUUUCGAUUUGUUACAACAUGUAGAUGAUGUUGUUUUUUAGACACCUGAUGUGUGUAAGAGUCCAUGUGUACCUGUGAUUCAACGCAUACAAUAUACAGAACAUGUAUCAAAAGGGUACACAUAUAGUAACCACUCUUUUGUAAAUAGCACAUCUGCAGUACAAGAGGUGUAAAUCAAGGGCAAUAAUAAAUUAUUGGCAAACUGACAAAGCAAGACAGCUCUCUCAGGGUUUUUACUAAGAAUUCUAGUAGCAGGAGAAAGGUGUAAGGUUACAGGAGAAUAUUUUGAAAGAGGUUCCAUGUCUGAACAAAAGAUAGUCAUAGGCUACUGAACAUUUGCUGGAGAAUUUUGGGCAGUUAGCAGAGAAUUCUUCGAUCUCCUAUGCCUAAUGAACACCCUGCUCUCUAAUCAGCAAAUACAUGUACAAUUUAAAGGGAGCAUUUUCUCUCUUUUCUUUUUUAAUACUGUAUGCUUAGUAGCAGAUUAAAAGCUGCAGGUGGUAAAUGGCUUUUUGUAAAAGUAUUGCACAACUUUAUUCAUUCAGCACUCAGCAUUUAUUUGAAGACUGGCAUGCUUAUAAGUGCAACGAAACUUGAUUCUUAAAGACAAUGUAACUGGCAUUUGGCAUUUGGCAUUUGUACAACCAAGAUUGUACUGUAUAUGAAGAUAUGAUUCAAGUGAGAAAAACAGGUGACACUUUUGCCAGUGUUCAAUCUAUAAAUUAUUCAAAGUGGGUCGUAUGUCCCACAUGACAUGUUGAAUUGGGUCAGUUUCCAAAAAUGGCUGGGUCAAACUAUGAAAUUGAAACUUUGAACAACUGACAUCACCCAAACACAGCUGUAUCGCUUGAGGAGGUUGGCUCUUGAAGUUCUGGAGGUUGACUUAUCAAAACUGACUUCUCCAGCUUCACCAUCCUUAUCUAACUUAUCUUCAUGCUUUUCAGUACUUAUACGUAAGGUAACUUUUUUUGGUGUCCUUAUACUCGACAAUAAUUUCAUUUUGCAUAAGAAUAGAAUAUUCCGUGCCAAUGACUCAAAAAUGUACCCUUUAUUGAACACUGCCUUUAGCUUUGUGGAUCAGGUGUACACUGUACAUAAUUAUGUACCUUCUUUUAAAACAUGGCAAAUAUAAGGACUCAAAUGUCAGAUUAUAAAAUACUUACUGUCAGAGGUUAACAAUGUUUUUACCCCAGACUUGUCCAGGCGCUGACAAAUUUAAUGCGUACAAUAAUUUAUUUUUAUUGUUGACAAUGAGUGCUAUAAGCUCUAAGCAACGACUUGUUUGGAAAUAUAUAAUGGCAGUUUUGGUUAAUGGGCCCCUGUUUUGAGAGUUAUUUACCUUAUAAAUUUGCCUUGCCAGAAAUGAUAUGUGACCGAGCUAAAAUGAAUUUGGCCAGUCAUCGUGUCCAGAGACUCUCCGGAAAUUAUUCGAGCCCUGCAGUCCUAUUGAGGUCUGGACUACUGUACACUCACCCAGACAAUGCACAACCUCCUUAUAAAAUUUUCCCAUUAUCUCUUUAGGGGUUCCCCUUCCACAGGCUAUGGAUCAUACCACACUAACCAACACAUACAGUAUUUUGAGCUACACGUACAUAAUAAGCUUUCUUGAUGUUUAUUCAACUACUCCCUUGAGAAGAAACCAAAAUGUCACUAACAUACAAACACAUUUUAAGGAUUUCCAGAUGUUGUGUGUUUUUUAUUUUAAUUGAUCAUUCGCAGCUCAUUAAAUACCACCACUAGCCACCAUUGUAUCAGCAUAGGAAUACAAGAAAAGAUACACUGUAAUACAGAAGUGUAUGUGAAUGGCUUUGUGAGAAGGUUGGGGUGGUCAGAGGAAGUCCCCAAAAACAGGAAGCAGGCUGUUGCUUUGCACAAAUCAGUUCCUUCACUUUACAAAAGUAUAUUUGUUGUUCUUUUGUCUACAGAGAAAAUUUCCCAAGCCAUUUUAAAUUCAAGGAAUAUUGCCCUUUGGUAUUCAGGCAACUUAGAGAUCGCUUUGGUAUUGAUGACAGUGAGUAUGCGGUGAGUGCAGAUGCUGCUUGUAUUACAUGCAUGUUCAUUUAACACAAGUUGAAAUGAUUAGUCUUGUUUGCGUAAGCAGCAAGAUUCAUAAUCUGCAAUGCGUUUUUCACCUCGGGGGGGUGGGGGGUACUCCCUUAUAUAGGCUAUAUAGGCAUGUGUGGCGCAAAAGGGUAUGGUUUUUUAGCCAUGUUAGCCUGAAAUAGGGUAUCAAUUUCGACCCUUUUGGUCUGAAAUAGGGUAUGGUUUGUGCACUCUAGUCUUGAAUUGGGUAUGUUUUUUAGAAGAAGCUACUUCUUCAUCAUUUGGCAAUAAGACCAUUUCCAACCAUGUAUGUGCCAUAACAGCUUGUUGUGCACUCUGGUCACGUGCCGGGCUCUAGGGCUUCUGGUCUGAAAUAGGGUGGGGAAAAUCACAGAUUUUGGUCUGAAAUAAGUUAAGGGUUUCAGGAAGCGUGCAGCACACCCCCACCCAAUUUUUCUAGAGGUACCCCCGGGGUUUUUGGUGUAUUUUAUACACAAAUGGGGGUCAUUGUGCCAGGUGUUCCUUCGGAGACUGUGGAAACUGGGACUAAGGAUCAUUGCGUGAUCGAUGCCCCCAUGAUUAGGAAAGAUUAAAUUUAGAGCUUUUCCGAAACGUGUCGGUCCACCAAUUCUAUCAGUUGAAAGUGUUGAUUACUUUGGAGCAAGGGAACACUACUGAGUAGUGGAAAAAAGAAGGUAAGAAUCUUAAUUAGCAAAACUGAGAUGGUCGGGUGUUGAAAACUUUCAUUGUAUGCAAAUGGUCUGGUGAUGAGCAUGCAGUUUAUAUUUAGCGAUGAUUGAAAUGACAUGCCAUGUAAAUCACUUUAAUUUUUGAUCUCUUGCAAUGAUGUAAUUUCUCUGGAAUUGAGGCCCAUGAAUUUUUGUGUAUUUAUACACACAUAUAGCCUGUGACCGCAGACGUAUUUCCAGUUGUUUCUAAAGUAUUGAUGUCGAUAAAGUAGGAAGUAAAAAAACCUUUAGUGAGUAAAUCCUGUUUUGUGUAGAAUUAAUCGCCUCCUCAUUUCUUGAUCUAAUCUCCAAGGAAGUGAGACUGAAUGAUGCUGUAAGCGCAUUCUUGUUUUUUCAUACACACAUGCAAGUCAACAGCAAGUGUGUGCAUGACCUUGAGAAUGUAAAGGCCAAGAUUAAUUUUCUUGUGAAAGGCAUUUGUUGUCAAGGUCUUGUCUAUUCUUUCAGAAGAUUGCUUUGAAUAGAUAUUCUCAGGUUGUUCAUUAGGCAUUGGAGAUUGGAGAAUUCUCUGUUUACUAUGCAGAAUUCUCUGGCUAAAGCUCCAUAGCCUAUGACUAUUUUUUAUUUAGACGUGGGGCCUCUUUCAAAAUAUUCUCCUACAAUGUUACACGUUAAUGAUGUCCUGUGACCUGGUGGCAAGAGGUGUUCUUCCUAUAGAAAUCAUUAUUUUUCAACAGCCAUUGCCUCUUUUGAGAUAUGCAUUUAGAGCUAAAAGUUUGCAGUUUUUCUUAUUUUUAUAUGCUCUUUCAGUUCCUGCUAAAAUCAUUUUUUUCAAAAAGUACACAGGACGUUGAUCACAAGAAGAACUAUUACAAAAGGCUUAUUUAACUUUUUACUGGUCAUUAUGCCACUCCAAUUUUAUUUCAACAUUUUUGUUUUGUAAAAUAAGGGACAUUGGAAGGACUUUGCUUUCAAAUAAAUGAACUUAAAUGGGUGCCCAGUUUCCAUUUUUGUUCAUUUACUUGACAUUAAUUUUAUUUGCGGUACAAGCUCUUUAUUUUCCAUAUAAACUCUCAUAUUACACUUGGGUCACCUGUGGUCCAAUGGGCAACCAUACUCUGUAAUUUGGUUGUCACUCUUAAAAUCUGCUUGUCUCAAUGAUACAUACAUGUAGUGGAAAAUUGCAAAUUUUAGGCCCUGUAAUGAAUGUACAUCUUUCACAGGCCUUUUUAAGACUAAAUAUUUUUGAAUGUUACAUGUUUGAUUUGCAGGCAGCUUUCCAGUCUUCCCCAGUUAUGACUCCAUCUCCUGGUCGCAGUGGGGCAAGGUUUUUUAUUUCCAAAAACAAGAAGUUUUAUGUCAAAACCAUAGAAAGUGAAGAUAUCGAGAGACUGCACAAUAUACUUCCACAGUAUCACCAUGUAAGUUGUGUUACGUUAUUUUCCAUUUUGCAGGCUGAAAAUAAGGUGAGAAGAUCUGCCGUAAGAGCCUUGAACUCUGAUCUCAUUGAAACUACUAUAAGAGUCGUAAACUCUCUGCAUAGCCUCUGAAUCUUGGUCUCACAGCAAUUUGGACCAGCAUCAGUCUUAAAGUUUUGUUUAUAUGGAUUUGAUCAUCUCAGCAACUCAAAGAUAAUGUCUCAUUGUUUUGUACCUCAGUAAAAGCUCAACCGUCAUCAUUUCAGUUCAGCUGAGUUUUGUUCCUGGAAAUUUUCAACACCAGAAAGGACUUUUACAAUGUGUCCAAGUUUACCCUGAGGUCAAUUUAAUAAAACUUUUACAAGUGUAGUUCACAAGUAUAUAGCCCUUACAGUCUGAAAACAAUAUAGUAGCUACCAUGAAAGGUGUUAACCUAGAAGUCAUUUCAAAAGUAGGUUGAGUUUGAUCAUCCGGGUGAACGUAGUCCUGAAUAGGACUGUUGUUGUUGACUUUGACUGACGUUGCAACGACCUGUGCGGUAGUAAUCUUCAGAGUCAAAGUGAGUUGUAUCACUUCAGUUGAUGGUAUGAUACUCUGGUUAUUGAUCUGAUUGGUCAAUUAUGUCUGGUUGUUAUUGGUCGUCUGUCAGCUACGCUAAAUUACUCUUGUAAAAGUUUUAUUAAAUUGACCCCUGGCCUUGACAGAGAGGGAUGAUUGUCAUAGAUUAAUUCUUUUUAGGAUACCAAACUUUGCGUAUUCAUUUUUUUCCCAGUAUAUUGUUGAAAAACAUGCGAAGACGCUUCUACCUCAGUACUUGGGUGUGUAUCGGAUUACAGUAGACAACAAGGAAACUUACCUUCUAGUUAUGAAGAGUGUGUUUAGUACUAAGUUCAAGAUUCAUAAAAAGUAUGACUUAAAAGGCUCCACAGUGGACAGGCAAGCGAGCAGCAAAGAGAAGGUUUGAUAUUAUUGCACUUUAAGACUCACAAACUGCUUUGAGAUACAUGUAUUGCACCUUUCUCAUAAAUUCUUUAGGGUCACACUCAACCACUGGUCAUUGUUUAUCCAUGGAAAAAUUCCUUGAAAUAACCUCUAGUUUCUUGAUAAGUCCUUGUCCAGUUUCUGUGUCAGUAUUGCAUUGUCUUUUGAAGCAUCAAAUUACGUGCACAUGUAAAUGCUUUGAAGUUCCGAAGUUACAAGUAUAUGGUGCUGGAAAUACAUGUAUGUCUGUUUAUGUCUAAUUGUUUUGAAACAGAAACAAGAAAAAUUCAGCUUUUGCUCCCCCACCUCCUCCAUGCAAUUUUAUGCCACCGUUUAAGCUACUUGUAAGAAACAACAAACACCCCAACUUUGAAUGGAGGGGAGGGGAAGCAGUGUGGAUUGUUCUGUUCUCCAAAGUGUCCCAUUUAGCAAUAUUGUCUCCAUUAUUAUGUAGUUGCUGAUUGUAGUAAUAAUGUUUCAAAAAGCCUAUCUUUGAGUAUUCGUACAGACAUUCUAACCAUUCUGUAGUUGAAAGAAAAAUUCAGUGUCUUGAAUUUUGUGAACAGCUGUUUGUUCCUUCACCCCGUUCAAUAAAGCAAAAUAUGUACAUGUACACACUGUAUAUGUAGUUUUAUUUUGGUUGUCAAUAUUCUUGAUUGCCUUAUACAUCUUGCCUGUUUUGUGCAUUUACAUUAAAACAAUAAACGAAGAUUGGUUGGAAUUAACUGCUAUCAUUUAAUUUUAAAAAAUACAAUGUGUGUUUCAUUUUUGUGAGUUAUGCACUGAAUGCUUGCAUUCUUGUAACAUUUUUAGACGAAGGAAAAUCCUACUUUGAAGGACAAUGAUUUUACAAAAGACAAUGCAAAGAUUCAUAUUGGUGAUGAAGUCAAGAAGGAUGUGCUUCAAAGAAUUAAGGAUGACGUUGAGGUAAGUUUUUAAAGCAUUUGUUCAUGUAGAUAGACGUGUUUAUUUACCAUCCAAUGUGUCAAACCACAUUCAAUCUUGUACAACUUGUAUCAAUUUUGUUUCUGAUUUUCGUUUCAAUCCUUUUUUAAAUACAUGCAGACUGUUUCCUUAUCAAUUUUAUUUGUUUCUUGAAAGAGGACUAGCAAGCAGCAAUUGUCAGCUUACUCCGAUGUCACUUGAUUUAGUUGUGAAGAUAGCCGUCCUUUUGUACAGGCAACAGCAUCUGAACUGGGGACUCGUAAGAGAAAACAAACAAGAAAACCCUUCAUUGUAGUAUCAUCUCAGUUACGGGGUCAAGCAGUUUUGCAACUAAUUACGAAAGGUGACCUACGUCACAUACAAUAGAGAUAGAUCGGGAUAAUGCACAGUGAUACCACUGUCCAACAUUUGAAUAACCGGGAGUAAAAACAUCUCACAUAAACUGAUCUUUCUGAAGUUUUUAAGUGUCUUGGUAGGCUUUAAUGUAGCCAUGCCAUUUGGUAUACAGUGUACAUUAUUGAUCACUUGAGAUAUACCACAACAUACCUGCUCUUUGUUUGUCACCCCAAAAUUUGGCAUAAGCAUUGUCUUCAGUUUCUCGUGGGAGUUAAAAUGGCCCCAAGAGAAACUGAAAGCAAUGCUUAUGCCAAAUUUUGGGGUGACAAACAAAGAGCAUUAUGGUAUGUUGUGGUAUUUUCUGGAGUGGUCAAUUGUUCAAGUUUAUAUGUACAUAUAGGUGCACAGUCAUCUCUGACCUGUACUGCUGUAAUCAUUUGAUUCUACAGUUUUUGACAAGUUUAAACAUAAUGGACUAUAGCCUGCUAGUAGGUAUCCAUGAUAUGGACCUUGCAGAGUCUGGAGAUGAUGUUGUUGACAUCCUUGGCCUUGAAAGUAAUGACGACAGUGAUCCGGAGUCUCCCCGCGAGGCAGACUCCCCUCCGGAAUCUGACUCUCCUACCGAGGGUGAUAUGCUCACAGAAACUCCGCCCACCACUCCUCCCGCUAAUGUUAAUGGUGCACGAGAGAGGAAUAUUAGUUUUGGCAGUGUUGAACUUGAUGAAGAGGAUGGAGAUGAUACAGAAGGAUUUAUUAGUGUGGAUGGUGAGUUAUUUAUUUCUUUCAAUUUUUUCACAACUUUGUGGAGCUAUAUCUCCGUUAGUUUUCAGCGAAAGAUUUCCGCUUACCGGCCCCAGUCAAUAGUUGAUUAAACCGUGGAAGGGUCUGUUACCAGGGAGCUUAAGCAAUGAUGAUGGCAACAUCAACGAGAAUGUCAAAAAAGCAAUAGGUUUAGAUAGGCAAAACAAUAACUUUACAUGUAUACCAUGCUUUCUUGUACAUUUCUUUGCCAUCACUGCACAACUAUGAUGUGAAAAUGCCUAAUUUCACAUUUUGUAGAGGAUGUGACCAGUAGACAAUCACUUUCGUUUUCUCUUCUUAAACUUCAAUAAAGUUUUUUUUUUUCCAGAAAAAAUUUCCAACAUAUUUUGAAGAAUUAAGGUCGCUGAACACGGUUUUGGCAGUUUGUGAGUAUAUGUCAUUUACCAAAUCAUGGCAAGAGAAAGGUUGCUUUGAAAUGUUUGUUUGUCUAAUUUAAAACACAUGCCGUCACUUUAGUUACCCCUGACCACCCACAAAACUGUGUUCAGCCACCUUAAACAAGAUGGAAUAAGCGCAGUAAAGUUUGAAGCAGCCCAAAUUCACUUUUCAAAUGAUGUUUUCGUAGCCAUUGCCGUCAUUGUGCCCUAAGCUCCCUAUGAGGCUUGUGUAUUGCCGUUGUGUUUCACUCGAAAAUAUAGUAAUUUACCCACCACGCUGCUAUGCCUAAUCACGCCUCAAGCAACUAAUUUUAGCCCAUUAACGCAUCAUGGUGAUAAUUUGGAACCCGUUCACGUCGUGGAAAACCCCUUCGCCACCCUGGUUAAUGGGAUAAAGUCUAUUUAUCAAGUUGGAAUAGUGUUGACUGAACUCAUUAUUUUCCAGAGAACAGACGAGAGUUAUAUUAUCUUGGAAUAAUAGAUGUGCUGACGUUUUAUGGUGCAGGAAAAAAGGCAGCUCAUGCCGCAAAAACAGUCAAACACGGGGUGAGUGAUAGUUGUUACAAGUUGAUAAAGCUCACUGAUUAACCUCGUGUACUGAUAUUUCAGUGUUAACUAACACAUUAAAAACUUUAGAUACUUAUCUAUCUCUGACCUAGCCUGUGUCACAGAUGGAAUUUAACCUUGGUUAGUAAUGUCUGCAAAGCAGUGCCGUUAUCUUUGUUCUGGGCCCUCAACAGACUCAACAAAUUACCAGAAGUGCAUUUCGAAUUUUCUUUUAUCCUGAUUGGCAAACCGGGGCCACCAUGGCCCAUACUCAAAUCCUGGUACAACCCUGGAACAAGGAUAUUGGCACUUUUUCCCAGACGGACUUAACCAGAGGUAGUAUUGUCUGUGACGCAGGUUAUCUCUGACAAUGAAAUGUGGGUUGAGGUUAGCUGGUUGUUGUUUGCAGCUUCCACGUGAAGGUGGAACAUGUGUUGUGGUGCUGCCACAAUGGAUUUUUGGUGCUGUUGUGUUACUGCAUUUAAGUGAAAACGUAUACCAAAACAUUUUAAAAUUUUCGUUGAUGAGACAAAAUCAUGUAUCAGAAGAAUAAGAGGACAUUGGUAUAUUAGGUUGGAACUUACUGCAAGAGCAUUUGGCUUUAUAGUAUUUAUUUGAACAACGUGCCAGGUUUAUUAUUGCAGUACUUACUCUAAAAAGUGCUGCAUAAUUUUGAAGCCUUUUAUGUUUGCUCAUAUUUGUUAUGACAAUGUAGUUCUCUAAUAAAAAAUACUUGAAGUAACAACUAUUAGUUAAUGCAAAAUAAACCAUUGCAGAAAGAAAUUGAGAGGGAUAAAAUGAUGGCAUUAAAUUCUAAAUUAUUGUUUUAGAGCGGUUUUCAUUUGAGUGUCGAAAAGUAAUUGGUUUUGCACUUUCUACACGAUGCGAUUGGCUUAAAAGGUUCGCGCCACUUUUUCAUCCAAUCAGAAGUAAGACCAAAGCCAAUUGUGACGCGCUCGCAUGCAUUUUCCCGCGCUUUGCGUCAGCCGCAUGUAAUUACUUCGAGUUUUGAUUGGUUCAAUGUAUUGUCUGUGUCCUAUGUGAUUGGCCAGAGUAAUUACUUUGGUUUUGGUUUUACGACACUCAAACGAAAACCACUCUAAACACUUAAACUUGUUUUAUUUAAUCUUUAAGUUAAGUAACUAGGUUGUAUAACACUCUUCUUUUGGCAAGUAAACAGCUUCUAAACGUUAAGAUAAUAUUGACACAAAAUGCAGGCUAUUUUUUUCAAAUGGCCCUUUGAAUGAUGUUUUUAUUUGCUGGGUUCAAGCCAGUGUCAUGAUCAAUGACAUUCCAUGCCUUAGAUUGCCGCAGUUCAGUGGCGGGUUGUGAGCGUCAGGCAAACAGCGGCAAAUCAAGAGCAUCGUGAAAACUUGGCCAGGCUAACAUCUCCUUGGGUAACUUGAUGUCUUUCCAAAUUUUACUAACUUUAAUAACUUCUUUGCACCUUUAUUGACAGUACACUUAAUUCUUCACUCUUUCCUUUGCUUAAGGAUUCUUUUCAUGGUAUACUCAGUAACACAUUUAACUUUUACUGUUCCACCUGUCUAUGAACAAAAACUAUUCAAUAAAACUAUUCAAUUACAGAAUUAAAAUUCUGAGUUCAGCACUUAAUGGCAUAACUACACUAAAUUUCAUUUUAAUCCAGUGAUAAUCAGAUUUAAUAAAUAAAAUGAUGAUGUAGUGUUAGCUUUUCAAUAUUCCAUCUGUAUAAUAUCUUUAAUUUGUAUAGGCACAAAGAUAAAUGAUUUCUUAAUGUUACUGACAUUGUGCAUUAGUGGUCCAGUUCUUGUCCACUCUUUUUGUCUCUUGUGGUUCAAUUUUCAUACUUGGUUAAUUUUUUCCCUUUAGUUCUUGAAAUCCCAUUAUCAUGAUACAAUGAACAUGACCAUACCCAAGAACAAUAGGAAGAUAAAUAACUAUAAUUUAUUUAGUCACACCAGGUCAAGCAUACUCCCCCCGCCAAAAUUUUGAAAAAAAUGAAUCUAUUAGUCAUUGCCUCAGCUCCACAACUUCCCAGUAUUCAGUCAGAUUGAAUUUUACAAUAACUGAGUAAAUCCUUGAGCGCUGAUUGGUCGAGAGCUAAGGUCUAUGAGAGUAUAGACCAUGGGAAUGACGUGACAUGUGACAUGUGACACGUGACAUGUGACAUGUGACGUGACACCUAGUGCCGGUUGUUUUGUUUUUGGUAAAAAAAAUAAAUAAAAAAAACAAAUCGACCACAAUUUUCCAUGGUCUACACUCUUAUAAACCAUAGAAAUGACGUCAUAAAAUGUUCAAAACUUUGCAGUGAAACCACUUGGCUGCGGCUCGUGGUUCCACUUGAGUUUUGAACAUUUUUUGACAUAAUUUCUAUGGUCUAUAAGAGUGUUAGACCAUGGAAAAUUUUGGGGUCGGUUUGUUAAAUAUCACAAUUCUUUGAAUGGAUAAUAUUGCUUUAAGUCGUCUGGUGUAAAAAAAAAAAACAAGAGUUUUUUGAAAAAAAAAAUACAUAAAGACAAGACACUGACUCUUCCAAGUUGUUUCUGGACAGAAUUAGUAACAAUCAGUAGACAGUUGGCUCAGUCAGCAUUAGUAUGCCAGCAUCUGUAUGCAACUGUGUGUAAUUAUUAUAAUAUGCAUAGUGUAUAGUAGUGUAGUACAGUGUAGUGUGUUUUGUCACUGCCAUACAGUCAAUCUACGUACUUAUUUUAAAUAUUGUGAGAAUGCUGUACUUCAUCGUUUUCUCCUCUUAUUUUGUAGGCGGGAGCUGAGAUCUCUACAGUAAAACCAGAGAAUUAUGCAAAGAGAUUUUUGGAGUUAAUGGAGAGAAUAUUUGAAUAG